GGGAGAGUGGAUCGCGGGCAGUUUGAAUUGGGAUCAGGCCUUCAGCCUCGCGGAGGCUGCAUCGGAACCGGACACUCUGAGAGAUUGUUUUCUCUCCUUCCAACAACCUUAGAAACAACCUUAAAGCAAGGUAGCAAGUUUUCUUAUAAAUGUUGGAAUAAUACAGAAAGGAGAACAGAAUGAGCUGGGCUUUGGAAGAAUGGAAGGAAGGCCUCCCUACAAGAGCUCUACAGAAAAUUCAAGAGCUUGAAGGACAGCUAGACAAACUGAAGAAAGAAAAGCAGCAAAGACAGUUUCAACUUGAUACUCUAGAGGCUGCACUGCAAAAACAGAAACAGAAGGUUGAAAAUGAAAAAACCGAGGGUACAAACCUGAAAAGGGAGAAUCAAAGAUUGAUGGAAAUAUGUGAAAAUUUGGAGAAAACUAAGCAAAAGAUUUCUCAUGAACUUCAAGUCAAGGAGUCACAAGUGAAUUUCCAAGAAGGACAAUUGAGUGCAGGCAAAAAACAAAUAGAAAAACUGGAACAGGAACUUAAAAGGUAUAAAUCUGAACUUGAAAGAAGUCAACAAGCUGCGCAGUCUGCAGAUGUCUCCCUGAAUCUGUGCAAUACACCACAAAAACUUUUUGCAACUCCACUAACACCAAGUCAUUAUUACAGUGGUUCCAAGUAUGAAGAUCUAAAAGAAAAAUAUAAUAAAGAAGUUGAAGAACGAAAAAGAUUAGAGGCAGAGGUUAAAGCCUUGCAGUCUAAAAAAGCUAGCCAGGCUGUUCCCCAAACCCUCAUGAAUCAUCGGGACAUUGCUCGACAUCAGACAUCAUCAUCUGUGUUCUCAUGGCAACAGGAGAAGACCCCAAAUAGACUUUCCUCUAAUUCUCAGAAAACUCCAAAUAGGAGAGAUUUCUUUGCAUCUCACAUUUUUGGGGAAGAAGAGGUGACUCCAAGCAGAUCAACUUUUCAAACAGGAAAAAGAGAUGUUAGUAGUAGUGGCUGUGAUAAUUCUAGCAAUUCUCAUCUUUUGGAUCAAUGUAAAGCCCAGAAUCAAGAGCUAAGAAGCAAGGUUAAUGAAUUGGAACUACGUCUACAAGGACAAGAAAAAGAAAUGAAAGGCCAAGUGAAUAAAUUUCUAGAGGUGCAACUCCAACUGGAGAAAACAAAAAUGGAAUUAACUGAAAAGGAGAAAGUUUUGAAUAGAAAUAAGGAUGAACUGGUGAGAACAACAGCACAGUAUGACCAGGCAGCAACCAAGUGUACUGCAUUGGAACAAAAGUUGAAAAAAUUGACUGAAGAUUUGAGUUGUCAGCGACAAAAUGCAGAAAGUGCCAGGUGUUCUCUGGAACAGAAAAUCAAGGAGAAAGAAAAGGAGCUUCAAGAGGAACUUUCCCGUCAGCAUCGUUCUUUCCAAACCCUGGACCAAGAGUGCACUCAGAUGAAAGCCAGGCUUACCCAAGAGUUACAGCAAGCCAAGAAUACUCUUAAUAUCCUACAGGCUGAACUGGAUAAAGUCACAUCUGUAAAGCAACAAUUAGAAAAGAAUUUGGAAGAGUUUAAGCAGAGGGUCAGCAAAAUGGAGCAGGCUAUCCAGGCGAGUCAGAUCAAGGAGGAUGAGCUGAGGAGAAGCAGUGAGGAAAUGAAAAAGGAAAAUGGCCUCCUUAAGAGUCAGUCUGAGCAAAGGGCCAGAGAAGUCUGCCACCUGGAGGAAGAACUCAGGAAAGUCAAAGCGAGUUUAAAUCAGAGCCAGAAUUUUGCAGAAGAAAUGAGAGCUAAGAAUACCUCUCAGGAAACCAUGUUAAGAGAUCUUCAAGACAAAAUUAAUCAGCAGGAAAACUCCUUGACCUUAGAAAAACUGAAGCUUGCCUUGGCCGAUCUGGAAAAACAACGGGACUGUUCUCAAGACCUUUUGAAGAAGAGGGAACAUCACAUUGAACAACUGACUGAUAAAUUAAGCAAGAUAGAGAAAGAAUCCAAAGCUUUAUUGAGUGCUUUGGAGUUAAAAAAGAAAGAGUAUGAAGAACUGAAAGAAGAGAAAACUCAGUUUUCUCAUUGGAAAAAUGAAAAUGAAAAACUAUUAAAUCAGUUGGAAUCAGAAAAGGAAAGCUUGCAGAAUAAAAUCAAUCACUUGGAAACCUGUCUUAAGACUCAGCAAAUAAAAAGUCAGGAAUACAAUGAGAGAGUAAAGACCCUGGAGAUGGAACGAGAAAACCUAAAUGUUGAGAUCAGAAACCUUCACAAUGUGAUAGAUAGCAAGACCACGGAGAUAGAGACACAGAAAAAAGCUUAUGUAGAACUAGAGCAGAAAGCUGAGAUCUCUGAUCAGAAGCAUAAGAAGGAAAUAGAAAAUAUGUGUCUGAAAACUUCAGAGCUUACUGGGCAAGUUGGAGAUCUUGAAUACAAGCUUCAGUUACUGUCAAGUGAAAUAAUGGACAAAGACCAGCAUUACCAAAACUUGCAUGCUGAAUAUGAGAACCUCAGGGAACUCCUCAGAUCCAAGGAUUCUAAUCUGGUGUCGAAUGAGGAUCAUCACAGAAGUUGUUUGGUUUUUGAACAGCAGCCUACAGUGAAUAAUUCCUUUGCAAAUCUAACAGGGGAACAAGGAACCAUGCUUUCCGAAAUAAACAAAUGCCACUUAGGUGCAGACCAAAGUCCAAAGCAUUCAGCUCUCUUACAAAACAGAGUUGUUUCACUUGAAUUUUCCUUACAGUCUCAAAAGCAGAUGAACUCAGAUCUGCAGAAGCAGUGUGAAGAGUUGGUGCAAGUCAAAGGAGAAAUAGAAGAAAAUCUCAUGAAAGCAGAACAGAUGCAUCAAAGCUUCUUGGCUGAAACGAGUCAUCGCAUUAGUAAGUUACAGGAAGACACUGUCGUUCAUCAGAAUGUGGUUAAUGAAACUUUAGUUUCCCUGGAGAACAAGGAAAAGGAGUUGCAACUUUUGAAAGAACAACUAGAAGCUGAGCAAGCAGAGAUUCAAGAAUUAAAAAAGAGCAACCAUCUACUUGAAGUCUCUCUAAAGGAGCUACAACUUUUAUCUGAAACCCUGAGCUCAGAGAAAAAGGAUAUGAGUUCCAUCAUUUCUUUAAGCAAAAAAGAAAUUGAAGAAUUGACCCAAGAGAAUGGGGUGCUCAAAGAAAUUAAUGAAACCUUAAGUCAAGAGAAAAUGAACUUAAUCCAAAAAAAUGAGAAUUUUUCCAGCUGUAUAGAGGAACGAGAGAAAAGCAUUUCAGAGUUAUCUGAUCAGUAUAAGCAAGAAAGACUUCUUUUACAACAGAGAUGUGAAGAAACCCGAAGUGCAUUGGAGGAUCUUCAUGAAAAAUACAAAGCAGUGCAAGGAAAGAACUCUGAAUUAGAAUGCUUACUAAAGGAAUGCACUGGCAUUUGUGAAGACAGAAAAACUGAAUUGGAACAGCUAAAGGAAGCAUUUGCAAAGGAACAUCAAGAAUUCUUAACAAAAUUAGCUUUUGCUGAAGAAAGAAACCAGAAACUAAUGCUAGAGUUGGGGAUAGUACAACAAACUCUGAGAUCUGAGAUUACAGACAUCCAAAACAAUUCUCAGAAUGAGGCUAAUGGUUUAAAGCAAGAAAUCAUGACUCUAAAGGAAGAACAAAAUAAGCUGCAAAAGGAAGUCAAUGACUUAUUACAAGAGAAUGAGCAACUGAUGAAGCUGACAAAGACUGAGCUGGAACAGCAGCAUCCAGAUUUGGAAACAAUUAGGGACUCUGUGAAAGAAACGGAGAAUGAGAUAAAUAAAUGUGAUUUUCAGCUUCACAUGGAUCUUGAAGUUAAAGACAUUGCUCCAGGCAGUUGUACUACACAGUUUAUACAAUUAGAAGCUUUGGUGAAAAAUAUGGAAUUGAAACUUCAACAAAGUGAGAAGGAGAAAGAAUGCUUGCAGCAGGAAUUACAGACAAUUAGAGGAAAAUUAGGAACUGGAAAUUUGCAAGAUGAUCAGCCACAGGAAAUUAGUGGCCUUAAAGACUGUGAAAUAGAUACAGAAGAAAGGUACCUUUCGGUGCUUCAUGAAUUGUCAACCAGUCAGAAUGACAAUGCACAGCUUCAUUGCUCUCUGCAGACAGCAGUGAAGAAGCUGAAUGAGCUAGAGAAAAUGUGUGAGGCACUGCGGGCUGGAAAGCUGGAACUGGUAUCUGAGCUUAAUGAUUCAAGAUCAGAGUGUAUCACAACAACGAGUAAAAUGGCAGAAGAGGUAGAGAAACUAGUAAGUGAAGUUAAAAUAUUAAAUGAUGAAAAUGGUCUUCAAGAUGAGUUAGUGAAAGAAAUGUCAGAUGGUGAAUUUGGUGAGCAACAAAACGAGCAGACGUCAUUGUCCUUGAAUCCUUUGGAUGACAGUAAUUCCUAUGAGCGCUUGACCUUGUCAAAUAAAGAAGUUCAAAUGCAUUUUGCAGAAUUACAGGAGAAAUUCUCAUCUUUACAAAGUGAACACAAAAUUUUACAUGAUCAGCACUGUCAGAUGAGCUCUAAGAUGGCAGAGCUACGGUCCUAUGUUGAUACAUUGAAGGCUGAAAAUUCGGCUUUGUCAGUGAAUCUGAGAAACUUGCAAGGUGAAUUGGUAAAGGACUUGAAGCCAGAACCUGAGGAGGGGCGUAAUCUGUCACUGUCCUUCUCUUGUAUGACAGACAGCCCUAGCCUGACAAGUUUUGGAGAAUCCUCUUUUUACAAAGAUGUUUUAGAACAGACUGGAGACCUUUCUCUCUUGAGUAGUUUAGAAGGGAGUAUUUCAGCAAACUUGUCUAACAGAGAUGAAGUAUCUUGUAGCCGUCUGGAGGAAAAUCUGGCAAAGAAAGAAAUCCCAACUGCCCCCAUGAAGAGUGUGGAAGAACUUGAGACCCUCUGUCAGGUGUACUUGGAAUCCCUCAAGAAUCUGGAAGAGAAAAUCAAAAGUGAAGGGAUUCUGAAAAAUAAAGAAAUUCAAGAGCUUGAGCAGUUAUUAAGUUCUGAAAGGAAAGAGCUCGAUUGUCUCAGGAAGCAGUAUUUGUCAGAAAAUGAACAGUGGCAGCAAAAGCUGACAAGUGUGACUUUGGAGAUGGAGUCCAAGUUGGCAGCAGAAAAGAAGCAGACGGAACACCUGUCACUUGAGCUUGAAGUAGCACGACUCCAGCUGCAAGGGCUGGACUUAAGUUCUCGGUCUUUGCUUGACUCUGAAGUAGAAGCUAUUCGGGACCAAAAUGAUAGCUGUGACAUAAAGGAAGAACAUAAUUCAGAAACUACAGAAGAAACACUCAAGCAGGAUAUUCAUCAGAUUUGUGAUAAAGAUGUUCAGCAAGACCUCAGUCUAGAGAUUGAGAAAAUCAGUGAGACCAAUACCAAUACAGCCAGACUAAUAGGAGAGGAGUCUGGGGAGAAGUCCUCAAAAACCAAUUAUGAGAUACCAGCAGAAGACAAAAUCCAGGGCUAUUCAGGAUGUAUUUCUGAAUUGGCAUUUUCUGGUCCAAAUACUUUGGUACCCAUGGAUUUUCUAGAGAAUCAGGCAUACAUCCAAAAUCUCCAACUGCAAGUGAAAGAGACAUCAAACGAGAAUUCGAGAUUACUUUAUGCAAUAGAAGACCGGGACAAAAAAGUUGAAAGUUUGCUACAUGAAAUAAAAGAGUUAGACUCAAAACUCAAUUUACAGGAAGCACAACUGAAGACCAAGAUUGAAACAUGCAUGCAAUGGGAGAAAAUAGUUGAGGAACUCAAGAAAGAAAAAUCUGACUUAAGUGAAAAGUUGGAAUCCUUUUCUCAUAACCAGGAUAACCAGGAGUCAUGCCAGAGAGUGGAAGCUUCAGAUGGCUUUAGUUCUGAUUUGGAGAUGGGCACAGAUGAAUCAUCGCAUGAAGUUAUUGAAGGUAACAUAUCCCUGGCAGAUGACAAAUGGAAAGAGAAAUUUCUUGAUGUGGAAAAUGAGCUGAACAGGCUCACAUCUGAGAAAGCUAGAAUUGAACAUCAUGCCCUUUCUGUGGAAGCUGACUUGGAAAUAGUUCAAACAGAGAAGGUACGUUUAGAAAAAGAUAGAGAAAAUAAGCAGAAAGUUAUUGUCUGCCUUGAAGAGGAGCUCUCUGUGGUCACAAGUGAGAGAAACCGGCUUCAGGGAGAAUUAGAUUCUGUGUCAAAAGAAAAUGAGGCCCUGGAUCAGAUGUCUGCAAAGAUGAAGGAGAAAAUUCAAGAGCUGGAGUCUCAACAAGGUGAGAGUCUUCAUCAUAUUCAGGUGGUAGAGGCUGAGGUCAAGGACAAAACAGAACUCCUUCAGACUCUGUCCUCUGAUGUGAGUGAGCUGUUGAAAGACAAAGCUCAUCUCCAGGAGCAGCUUCAGAAUUUGGAAGAGGACUCAGAGGCCCUGUCUCUUGCAAAGCGUGAACUGGAGAACCAAAUUGGACAACUGAAUCAAGAGAAAGGAUCACUGAUGAGGGAAUCUGAAAGCCUGCAGGCCAAACUGCAGGAGUCAGAACAUGAAAAGUUGGCUGUCUCCAAGGCCUUGGAAGUUGCACUGAUGGAGAAAGGUGAGUUUGCAGAGAGGCUGGGCUCAACCCAGGAGGAGGUGCAUCAGCUGAGAAGAGGCAUCGAGAAACUGAGAGUCCGCAUUGAGGCUGAUGAAAAGAAGCAGCUCCAUGUCAUGGAGAAACUGAGAGAAAGCCAGCGGGAGAAUGAUUCCCUGAAAGAUAAAGUGGAGAACCUUGAGAGGGAAUUGCAGAUGUCAGAAGAAAACCAAGAGCUGGUGAUUCUCGAUGCUGAGAAUUUCAAAGCAGAGAUGGAGACCCAAAAAACUCAGAUGGAAGAGAUGGCUGAAAGCCUGAAUGUUUUCAAGUCAGACCUUGUCACAGUUAGGGCUGAAAAAGAAAAUCUGACAAAGCAACUACAAGAAAAACAAGGGCAAGUGUCAGAAUUAGACGAGUUGCUCUCUUCAUUAAAAAAUCUGUUAGAAGAAAAAGAGCAAGAGAAAAUACGAACGAAAGAAGAAUCUAGAACCGAAGUGGAGAUGCUUCAAACACAAUUGAAAGAGCUAAACGAGGAAGUAGAAGCCUUGUAUAAUGACCAAGAAACCCAGAAAGCCAAGGAACAGAAUUUAGACCCACCGGGGGAAGAAGUCUGUCAGCUGAGAAGCAGCUUUGAAAAGCUGAAAGUACACAUAGAAGCUGAUAGAAAGAACCAGCUCCAGGUCUUGGAACAACUGAAAGAAAGUAAGCAUCAUGCAGAUUUGCUUAAAGAGAGAGCUGAGAACCUUGAAAGAGAACUAGAGCUGUCCGAGAAAACCCAAGAACACGUGAUUCUUGAGGCCAGGAACUCCAAAGCAGAGGUAGAGACUCUGAAAGCAGACAUUGGAGAGAUGACCCGAAACCUGAGAGACUUGGAAUUAGAUCUUGUUCAUACAAGGUCAGAAAAAGAAAAUCUGACAAAAGAAUUACAAAAAGAGCAAACACGAGUAUCUGAAUUAGAAACACAGAAUUCCUCAUUUGAAAAUCUAUUGCAAGAAAAAGAGCAAGAGAAAAUACAGAUGAAAGAAGAAUCUGAAAUUGCAGUGGAGAUGCUUCAAUCACAAUUAAAAGAGCUAAAUGAAAAAAUGACUACAUUUUGUAAUGACCAAGAGGCCUGUAAGACCAAAGAACAGAAUCUGAGUAAUCAAGUAGAUUCUCUUGAACUUGAGAAGGCUCAGUUGCUACAGAGCCUUGAUGAAGCCAAAACUAAUUAUAUUCUUUUGCAAUCUUCUGUGAACAGUCUUAUUCAAGAAGUGGAGGAUGGCAAACAGAAACUAGAGAAGAAGGAUAAAGAAGUCAGUAGGCUAAAACAUCAAAUUCAAGACCAAGAACAGCUUGCCUCUAAACUGUCCCAGGUGGAAGGAGAGAAGCAAGUUUGGCAGAAGCAAAAAGCAGAACUGGGAAAUGUGGCAGUGGAAUUGGAGCAGAAAGUUCAAAUGCUGCAAUCCAGAAAUGACACUUUGCAGGACACCUUCCAAGCACUGCAGCACUCUUAUAAGGAUCUAGAGAGUGAGCUUGAACUAACAAAAAGGGAAAAAAUGUCUUUUGUUGAAAAGGUAAACACAAUGACUGUGAAGGAAACUGAACUGCAGAGGGAAAUGCACGAGAUGGUACAGAAAACAACAGAGCUGAAAAAAGAAUUUAGUGAAGAGAAGAGCAGGCUAACUGAAGAAUUGAAGAAGGACCAUCUAAAAUAUGUAAAUCAGCUAAAGAAGGAAAAUGAACAUGCCCAGGGCAAAAUAAAAUUGUUGCUCAAAUCCUUUAAACAGCUGGAAGAGGAAAAGAAAACACUGCAGAAAGAGCUCUCUCAACUUGAAGCUGCACUGAAGCAGAAGACAGGCAAUGUUGUGGAAGCUAAAGUGGAUGAAUUAAUGACUGAGCUCAAAGAGCUAAAAGAAACUCUUGAAGAAAAAACCAAGGAGGCAGAUGAAUAUUUGGAUAAGUACUGUUCCCUGCUCAUAAGCCAUGAAAAUCUGGAGAAAGCAAAAGAGAUGUUAGAAGCACAAGUUGCUAGUCUGAGUUUACAGCAAUCUAAACGUGAUCUCAGAAGUUCUCCUUUGCUAACUUCACCCGUUCCAGGACCAUCUUCAGUCUCUUCUGUUAGAGAAAAGAAGUCAUCAUCUGGUCAAAAUAAAGCUUCAGGCAAGAGGCAAAGGUCCAGUGGGAUUUGGGAGAAUGGUGGAGGACUAACACCUUCUACCCCAGAGAUGUUUCCUAAAAAAAUUAGAAAAACCAGCAAAAGUGGGGUUCAACCUGCUGAGGAUGAAGAAGAGACUGAAUACGAGCCAGAGGGACUCCCUGAGGUUGUAAAGAAAGGGUUUGCUGACAUCCCAACAGGAAAGAUUAGCCCAUAUGUCCUGCGGAGAACAACAAUGGCGACUAGGACCAGUCCUCGCCUUGCUGCACAGAAGUUAGCCCUGUCACCCUUAACUUCAGGCAAAGAAAACCUUGCAGAAUCCUCCAAACCAACAGCUGGUGGCAGCAGAUCACAAAAGGUCAAGGUUGCUCAACAGAGCCAAGGCGGUUCAGGCUCUGCCUUCCAAGAGUCCACCACGAAAUCUCUGUCUGUCAAUCAUCCUCCUGAGAGAAGUUCAGCUGCCAACCCCAGAGAGGGCCUGAGAGCCACUCAAGGCCGUCCUGCCCCAAGCCCAGGUGCUGCACCUGAGCCCAGGAGUAGUGAGAACUGCAAGGUCCAGUGAAGAGCCUCGAGGGUUUGGACUCCUUGAUAAUGACUGUGGCUGACCAGAAGAUACUGCCUAUAGGGACUUUUCUUUGGUCAGGGAGCACUUUGUCAGUAGGGAGCAAACCAUUCCUUAUCUUCUGGAUAUAUUGUCCUCUUUAGAUCUCCACAUGUAAGUACUGGAGAAGUUUGGAAGCACUGAUCCCUUGGCCACCAUUGCUGGUGUAACAUAUCUAUUGUAAUGUAAAUAGUGCUGUAUAAAGCGUUUUGGUAAUCUGUUUAAAGUAAAUAGCAAACAACAUAACAACCUCUAUUUGUAUGUAGAUUUUAACCACCUCCCCCCAAAAAAAUGCAAUCAACAACUCCCAGGAAAAUGCAAAAUUUUGCUUUAUACUCUUUCCUUUACAUGUGUUAGGCAUGAAAUAAUUCUAGAUUGAAUUUCUGUAAGCUUAGUAAAAUGAAAGAAAACCAUGCUAUGUUUCUAAGGAAAACAUGUACAUUUGCAUACGUGGGUAUGUUCAUCCUGUUCUUCCAAUGUGUUUUAAAAAUCAUUGCUCAUACAGCCUGUACAUACAUGUGUGGGGGGUACUGGGGAGGUAUGUGUGUUUAUUUCUUAGUCUGUUGUAGGCUCCUUAGAGGUGUACUGUAUCAUGAUUUCUGUCAUUGUGCUUUCUUCAUCUUAAAGACCAUUAUAGUUCUUUGGUCACAUCUGGUUUUGUAUUAAAAUAUGGCCUUUUCUCCCUCUAAUUAAAAAAAAAUUACUUUCGUGUUUUUAAAA